UUCGAACGUCCGCAGGUUUCGCGACCGAGGCGGUGGCUCCCAUUGGCUGAGCGUGGGCGCUUCCCCAAUUCUAUCUCCCUCCCUUUCGAAUCUUCAGAUCCCGGCCGGCGGCGUGGAGUUGGCAACUGAGUUGUGGAGCUGGAAGGGUCAAUUCUGCCCGACCCCCAUUUCUCGGCUGGCUGAAACAAAUCAGGAGUGGAGCCAGCAAUGGCGCGGGCCGUUUGAAGGUGCCCUCCCUGUUGAUAGUACUGCAGAGAAGAAGGCAAGCCUGUUGGGUUCAUGGAGCUGCGGGGCUCGAAACCUCUCUCCGAAGCAAUGGCUGAGCAGGCGGGAUCCGACGAGGAGCUGGUGCAGCUGGUGUGGAAGCCCUUUUCCCAGCCCGUGGAAUUCCACUCGCUAGUGGGCUUGGAGGUCAAGCUGGGUUCCCUGGUGCUGCUGCUGCUGGUGACGCUUCUGUGUGGAUUCCUGCCCCUAUGGGUCUUCCAUCGUCCAGGGACCACAACCCGUUCAUCAGCUACUCGAAAGAAAGCCUUAAGCCUGGUGAGCUGUUUUGCCGGCGGCGUCUUCUUGGCCACCUGUCUCCUGGAUCUGAUUCCCGAUUAUCUCAGCAGCAUCGACAAGGCCCUUAAAGAUUUGGGAAUCACGCUCCUCUUCCCCCUCCAAGAGUUCAUCUUGGCCAUGGGGUUCUUCCUGGUCCUCGUCAUGGAGCAAAUCGUCCUGGCCUACAAGGAUCCGUCGGGCUCCCUGGAGGAGACGCAAGCCCUGCUCGGCUCCGCCCCGCCGAACUCCGCCACCAUCCAGGACCAGGGCUGGCCGGACGGGCCCCUGCCCCGGCAGCUGCCCCGGGGCGGCCCCCUCCAGGAGCGCCCCCACGUCCACGUGGAUUUCAACUCCCACUCGGCCAUCCGCUGCUUCGUCCUGCUGCUGGCCCUCUCGCUGCACUCCGUCUUCGAAGGGCUGGCCGUGGGGCUGCAGGAGGGGAGCGCCCAGGCCCUGGAGAUCUGCUUAGCGCUGCUGAUCCACAAGGGCGCCAUCGCCUUCAGCCUCAGCUUCAAGCUGCUCCAGAGCCGGCUGCGGGUCCGGGUGGUCGCCGGGUGCCUGGUCCUCUUCUCCGUCAUGUCCCCGCUGGGCAUCGGGCUGGGCGUGGCUCUGACGGAGGCCCCCGUGGCGGUGCUCCACGGCCUGUCCCGCAGCGUCCUGGAAGGGCUGGCCACCGGCACCUUCGUCUACAUCACCUUCUUGGAGAUUCUGCCUCACGAGCUCAGCUCCUCGGAGCAACGGAUCCUCAAAGUCAUCGUCCUCUUGGCCGGGUUCGCCCUGAUCACCAGCAUUCUCUUUAUUAAGGUUUGAGGGCUGGGAGAAGAACAGGAGGAGCAAACCCCCCCCACCUCCACCCGGUUCCAGUUUUUCCUCUCUGGGAGGGAUUGAUCUUUCCCCCUGCGCCAUCCUUCUUUCCCCUGAAAAUGUCUUUAAGACCCAGAAGCAAAACGUGGAAUUGACUUCCCCCUCGCUCUUGGAAACAGCCCUGGAAAUGGUUCUUUAGCAGAUGACCCGACUCGGUCGUUUUAGAUCUCCCUUCGAACGGCGCCAGCGAUUCCCUUGUUCGAAAAGAGCCCGCGGUUUUUGACGCCAUCUCGAGCUGGCUGCGAUUUGCGAUCUCGCUGUCGUGAGCUGAGGACGUGGCUGGUCCCAUGUAGUAUUUGCAUCGGGAAGAAAUUCCAGCCCCGGAGGGGCCACUUCUUGGGCAGGUUUAGGAAUUAAUCCGGGUUCAGAUUCUGAAUGUGGGUUUUCUCCCUAGGGGGUUUUCUCGUGUGCGGGGGACGGGGGACGGUAAGAGGGUUUUCUUCUUGUUUUCAGACCGUGAAUUCUUGUGCCAAAACGAUGGGGCUGUUCCCAGCUCCGACUCCUGUUUCCUUGCCUUAAUCUCUUGAGUGCCUUGAAUAUCUCUGCUUUCUGUCUGUAAAGGGUUCAGACGUUGUGGGAAACACGAAAGGAACCCUCUUCUAAAGACUCUUGUUAGAAGCGUUUCUGGGUCAGGGUUCUUCCCUCACCAGCUCGGUGGUCGGGUGUAUACGGGAUGUCCCUCUGUUGAUUUCCGUAUUAUGUGCCAAAGCGUUCUCUGGGACCUGAUCCUCAGCUUUACGUGAGCUUUUGAGAAGUUCUGAAGGAGGAAUUCACAGAUUGUGUGUGCUCUUGCGACACGUAGUGGCUUCCAUUCAAACAGAAUACGGCGCCACAGAAAUGGAGGUGGUUUUGCACAGAACGUAUGCACAGUUAUGUCUGCACAAGUGUGAACUGGUUAUAACCCUGGCUUGUGAAAAUUUGGAUUCUGUCACUAACUUGGCUAACACAGAGAAAAACCACUCUUUAAUUAAUUGAACUUGUGCUGGAGAAACAGUACCAUUUUUUAAGGAAAAAAUUAGUUAGCGUGACGCUCAGAGGUAAUUCUGAGCUAUGUAUGUUACGCAGUGAUGUUUCUUAACACAUUAGCAGUUCAGGGGUGGGGGUAGAAUUAGAUACUUGAUCUCACAGGCCCUUUCUAGACAAAAAAUGUAACCAUGGUUUGUACUAACCACGGUUAAAGAGAACAAGUAGAUCUAUGACCUUUCUAUCUGGAAGGUCUUGCACGGUUGCUCAUUGCUCUGAGCUAUGGUUUUAUUUGGGAUCUUCCCCAAACUAUGCAGCAAACCAUGGUUAAAUGUUAAGCUUCCAAACAAUCUUUGUAUCACGUUGUGACUUCAGCAAUGUGUCAUUCUGGCUGGAAGGAAGUACAUACCUGUAUCAACUUUGUGAUAGCUUCCAUACAUACCUGUAUCAACUUUGUGAUAGCAACCCAGUACAUACCUGUAUCAACUUUGUGAUAGCUUCCAUACAUACCUGUAUCAACUUUGUGAUAGCAACCCAGUACAUACCUGUAUCAACUUUGUGAUAGCAACCCAGCUUUCAGCCUGGGUUGGCACUAACCAUGGUUUGCCAUGCUAACCCCUGGUUAAGGCCUGAAGCUGUGCCAUAGUUGUGACGGGUGAAUCCUUCUCACUGGAGAAUCUGUGGUUCUGCCUGUUUUCUUGCAAGCAACAUGGUCGGAGGCGGAAUAAUUGGCUCAACCAUGGUUUAGUGGGUCCAGGUAUAGCAUAUUAGUGAUGAAUAAUGCAAACCACAGAUUGGAAACUUAAACACGGUUACACAUCCUAGUUUGCAGCCAAUUUUUAAUCAUGGUUCCAUAUUCAUAUGUAAUGUCUUUAACCCAAGGCAAAGUAUUAUGGUUUUUAACCCACCACUUCCUCCAAAGAGCUCACGAUCGUGUAUCUUCCUCUGUUUUAUUGUCACGACAACCCUGGAGAGUAGAUUAAGAUACCAAUGUGCUACCUCCAACCUUUAGCACUUCCAGCCUUCAUGAUGAAUAGUAUUAACCAGCAGCUUCUAGGGCACAUCUAAAUUCUCUUGCCUUGAUUUCAGUGGUAGAUAGUUUAUGGACUCAUGCGGUUCCCAAGAAUCAGAGUUAUCUGGCUUGGGGCAGUCAAUUCUUGAAAAACAUGUUAUAACUGUAGAGUGUUGUAAGGGCAGAUAGGGAAUAGGUUUCACUAGGCCUAAGGCAUAGCGUUUUAUUUGACUGAAAACAGAUACCCCAUUUCUAUUGCUGGGCAUUUUUCACUUCAGUUUGGGUUGUUUGAAUUCGUGUCUACCUUCUUUUCUUUCUUCAACCUGUUUCUUCUUGGGGGGGGGGGGGUGUUGUUGUUGCCAUUUGAUGCACAAGUGAUUUUCAUAUUUGUAUUCCUCGGGACAUUAUCUCUGUAGGAGGGUUGGGGAGAAAGCAUUUCUUAUCCAGAAAUGACAUCAAUGUACCUUUUAUUAGCAUUGGUUGGUAUUAAAUAAACUUGGUGUAGCCUUUUAAA